UGCAAACCACGGAUACGUUAAACGUCUACGUUUUCAAUGUCGGCCAUUAUCAGUUGAAUACUGAUGUUUUAUGAUGUGUUAACGCUGUGAUUAAAGUAACCCAAGGCAACCCAAGGCAAACAAGACUGAAAAAACAUGGUGAUAUAUUCAUUAUAUUUGAGAUAAAUGUGAAACAACAAAGUUUUCUUGAGGUAAACAUCAUAUGAACAACAUCAUAUAACAGAGAAUAAAACAAUAAAGCCUUGUUUGUAGUUGGAGGUGUCCUGUCAACAGUUUUACAGACGUCUCUUUUACAAUGGUGCUCUAUGAGGAAAAUGCCUUUUGGGGCCGCCAGGGGGAAUUUUCACUGAAAUACUGUAAGUGUUUAAAGCAGCAAUGAUCCGCUCAUAAAAGCAUAAGACUGAGCGAUGUAAUUCAAAGAAACUCCAUUUUUGUUUAUCUCAUGGAAGCUGCAACCUAACAUGAAACGCCCUCUGCAGCCUAUCUUGGAGGUGGUCCCGGGUGUGUCCAUGCUGAAUUUUGACUAUAAAACCCCCCCACUGUUUGAGCAUCAAAGCACUCAGCGACACUCAACCAGCAAGCAAGAUGACCAGUCUCACUGCUAAGGACAAAAGCGCUGUCAAGGCCUUCUGGGCUAAAAUUGCUCCCAAGGCUGAUGACAUCGGCGCGGAUGCGCUGUCCAGGAUGCUGGUCGUGUACCCGCAGACCAAGACCUACUUCUCCCACUGGAAGGACUUGAGUCCCGGCUCUGCCCCCGUGAAGAAGCACGGAAAAACUGUGAUGGCUGGAGUUGCUGAUGCUGUGUCCAAGAUCGACGAUCUGAAAGGAGGUCUUCUCACCCUCAGUGAGCUGCAUGCCUUCACUCUGCGAGUGGACCCUGCCAACUUCAAGAUCAUCUCCCACAACAUCCUUGUGGUCCUGGCCAUCAUGUUCCCCGCUGACUUCACCCCUGAGGCCCAUGUGGCUAUGGACAAGUUCCUGGCUGCUCUGGCUCUGGCCCUGUCUGAGAAAUACAGAUAAACAGCUGGAGCAGAAGACUGAGACUUCAGCAAGAGUUCACUCUGCAGAGAAUAA